AUGAGCGUGUUGUUUGAUCUCACUCGGCGGACCGCUGCAGCCAUCGAACAAGACCUGCGAGCCAUGGCUCGCCGCGAGCGAUGGGACAGCGGCUGGUCCGACUGGACCGGAAACUGGUGGGGUGAGACAGGUGAAGCCUCGGACACCACUUGGUUCCAAGGUCAGCUUUCCAACCGUUGGGGCUACGAUGAAGGCAGCCGCAACGAAUCAUGGCAACAAAGACCACAGCGCCACUUUGAAGGUGCUUGGCACCAGAGCGACAGUGGAAGGUCCUCCUGGCAUCAGAAUCAAGGUUCCUGGCACGGGCGCGAUGGAAGGUCCUCCUGGCACCAGGGUGAAGGUCUCUGGAAGAGCUGGAAGGAGUGGUCCAGCAAGGAAGAGGACCGAGGUGCCUGGCACCCCAGUGGCAAAGACUGGUACGUGGAGAGAUCCUCGCAAAGCAGUCAGGAUGAAGGCGAACCGAAGCCGGAAGGAAACCCUCGCAAGCCUCGUGCGAGCGUGAAGUCUCGGCUCUUCGCCACCGCUUUGGCAGCCACCGUCCAACCUUCGAGGUGCCGCCGGCCACAACCCUUGGAGCAAUCGCAGUCGGAGCCGGCUGUGGAAGUUGAGGACCAAGUUGAGGAGAAGGAGGAGCCGGCGGAGCAGGCAGAGCCCGUGCAAGCAGUGGAGGUCCAGCCAAAGCGCUGGGCACCCUGCCCGAAAGAGAGCGAUGCGACAAUGUUGUACGGGAUGGGUCGCGUGGACCCGUUUGCAGUGGGCUAUGCCUGUCGAGCCAUCCCGGACAAGCAGCCGGAGGGGCGGAAUGUCAACAAGCCCCUGAGCAGAGUGUGGCAAGAGGUUAAGGUGAACCAGUGCGAAGGAAUCUGCUACCUCGGCUACGAGCACCCCAUUGAGGUGUUUCGAGCCGUGUCCGCCGAGGGACAGGAGCAGCUUUUCACGACGCAAGGGUGGAAACUGCAACUCCUCCAGGCGGCGGCGCUCGCCAGGUAUCCCAAGAAGGCAAUUAUCCAACCGAAGUUUCUGCUGGAAAAAGCGGACAUCGACGCCAUUCUGGCAGACACCGAAAUCCCCGAGGAUUUCAACACAGUGAACAUCGUCGGCGAGGAUGGCGUCCGGCCCUUUUCGUGGGAGGCCAUUGUGCAGCAAAAGUGCGCGAAGCUAAAAGCUUGA